UGGCCAAUUCAACUGCUGGGCAGCGGCACAUGUCUUGCUAAAUCUUGUCCUAUUUUAUAAGAACUGCAACAACGGAGCAAAAUUUGCAAGAACCACGCAGCCCGGAUGCCAAUCCAUUGAUACAUGUUUCAUUUUGGCCUUAACGUCUUUUUUUUUUUUUUUUUCUUCUUUUGCCUGAUUGCUUCCUCUUUAUGUCUCCUCCAUGUUCUUUAGUGUAUUAUAUUAUUAAAGGAAAAAUGGGAUCUUUAGCUAAACGAGGUGAUGACUGAGUAAUAUAUAAUGUGUAAUACGAUGGAAGCGUUGACUAUCAUAUGCAGGCUUCUGACUGGCGCAGAAAUUAUAUACUCAACAAGCCCGACUAGAUAGUCUAGCAAAUAUUAACCAGAAGCUCAAAACUCAAUAAGAUUAUAAAAUAGAGCUUUUAGCUCUGAUCUCAAAAUCUUCCAAUUGCAAUUUCUUUUAAGAUUGUUUGCCAAAUAAAAUAAUAUGAUCUAUUCUCAAACUGAGCAGCCUCAUCUUCCUCCCCUGACUUUCCCUGCCAAUACCUUUCACCUUCAAAAGGCCCAGGUAUCUUGAUGAUGGUAAUUUGGCAUCUCUGAAUAUUAUUUAAGAUGUGAGUUAUUGUAGUUUAUUUCAUACUUGGUUUGAUAGAGCGCAAAUCUUUGCUGCUAAUGCAAUUUUCUUUGUCAUCUGUGAAUAUUUUCCGAUCUCUACUCAUUAAGACAGAUGGGAAAACCUCAUGUUUCUGUUAAGUUAGGAUUUAACAGACCAAUCUUUAUGCUUGGCAUCUUGGUUCUUUUAAUCUGUAUUGCUACUUUGUGCAAAUUCUACUCUAUCAGAUCUCUUUUUAUUUCUGAUACCUUCUGCAACUGUAAUAAUUUUCACAUUGAGCACCAAAGCAACAUUAGAAGUGAUCAUGUAGGUGAAACUGUUGAAAAUAUUGUUCAAAAAAUCCAGAAAGAAGUAAUUGAGGUAAAAGAUCUGCGAAUGGAUUCAGCAUCGACUGCAUUUUUGUCAAGAUAUGUUGCUUUUCUUGCUGAUAUUUUGCAGCAAAUUGAGUCGUUGCAGACAUCUUUGCCUUCAGCUGAAGGAUCUCAUCAGCAAAAUACCGAAAUUGGAGCUCUCCAUCCUUUAUUAAGGCCAAAUCAAACGUCAGAUGAGCCCGCUGAUUUCUUCCUGACAGAAGAGAUUAGAAAGUAUGUAAGGAUCAAACCCAACCGAUUAGGGAAGCAAAAUUUCAUGGGAGCUAAUGGAACAUUCACAAGCGUUGGCCAUGCUUGUUUCGCCAUGAAGAAAGAGCUUGAAGAGUAUAUGGAUUACGAUGUUGGGGAAAUCUGCAAUGAUGACUGGAAACUAGCUCAAAAGCUGAUGGUUCAUGGGUGUGAUCCAUUACCAAGGAGGAGGUGCUUCUCAAGAGCCCCACAGUUAUACAGCAGGCCAUUCCCCAUAAACGAGUCCAUGUGGAAGCUUCCUGAUAAUAGAAAUGUGCGUUGGAGCCAGUAUAGAUGCAAAAACUUCACCUGCCUGGCCAGCAACACUACUCGCAAAGGAUUCUUCAAGUGUGCAGAUUGCUUCAAUCUCACAGCUCAUGAAAUGCCAAGAUGGAUCAAACAUGAAAGUCUUGAUCUCAACACAAAUCUUACUGCAGAUAUUCUGAUACAUGAAGUGCUGAACAUCAAACCUGGAGAGAUUAGAAUUGGAUUGGAUUUCAGCGUAGGAACAGGGACUUUUGCAGCUCGAAUGAGGGAGUUGAAUGUAACAAUAGUAUCAGCAACAAUCAACCUUGGAGCACCCUUUAAUGAAAUGAUUGCUCUUCGGGGACUCGUACCCCUUUACUUGACUAUAAAUCAAAGGCUUCCAUUCUUUGAUAAUACACUAGAUUUGGUACACACAACCAGAUUUCUUGAUGGCUGGAUUGAUUUUGUGCUUCUGGACUUUAUACUGUAUGAUUGGGAUAGAAUUUUGAGGCCAGGAGGUCUGUUGUGGAUUGACAGCUUUUUCUGUCUGAAAGAAGAUUUGGAUGAUUAUAUGGAAGCUUUUAAGAUGCUAAGGUACAAAAAACAUAAAUGGAUUGUUGCUCCUAAACUGGACAAGGACGAUGAUCGUGAAGUGUUCUUCUCUGCUGUACUAGAAAAGCCUCCCAGACCAUUUCGUUAAUCUUGUAUUGAUGCUGUUUGAGUAAGCAAGAAACACACAACCUCAGUGAAGGAAGCAAGCAAACUUGGCUUUUUGCCAAUUUCUGUUAUGAUGGAAUUCUUGAAGUAGGCCAACAUGGGUUAUCCAAGUUCCUUUCAAAAGUAGUAUUUGCUUUUCCUUUUGAUUGACACAUGUAUGAAAUAUCUACGCAUUUUUUUUUUAUAAAAAAAUUGAAGAUACAUGCUUAGAUUCUUGCUAUUCAA